CUUCUCAAUACCUACUCUCCACGGCCACAUCUCAUCAACCAUCACAUCUCGCUUGCGUACAUCUCAUCUGACUCAAUCGAUCAUACUGCUGAAGCAAACAUGGGGCAACAACAAUCCGGCAUGGGAGGCCCUGGCGGGCCACCAGGAGAUGGAGAUAAGAAGAAGGGUGACAAGAAGGACAAGCCAAAGUACGAGCCACCGCAACUUGCGCGCAUCGGCCGCAAGAAGAAGAAGCAAGCUGGGCCAAACGCCGCCGCCAAACUGCCCACCAUCUACCCGACCGCGCGAUGCAAGCUCCGAUACCUACGCAUGCAGCGAGUGCACGAUCAUCUACUGCUGGAGGAAGAGUUUGUGGAGAACCAGGAGCGGAUACGAAAGGCGAAGGCUGUAAACUCGCAGGCGCCACAGACUGCUGGCGGCGACGGCGACGCGAUGGAUCGCAACGCCGAUGAGAGGAGUCGUGUCGAUGACAUGCGUGGCUCACCUAUGGGUGUCGGCAACCUCGAGGAGCUCAUCGAUGAUGACCACGCCAUCGUUUCAUCCGCGACCGGGCCCGAAUACUACGUCUCCAUCAUGUCUUUCGUCGACAAGGACCUCCUCGAACCGGGCGCCUCGAUCCUUCUCCAUCACAAGAGCGUGUCGGUGGUGGGUGUAUUGACAGAUGAUGCCGAUCCGCUGGUGAAUGUGAUGAAAUUGGACAAGGCCCCGACGGAGAGUUAUGCGGAUAUCGGUGGUCUCGAACAACAAAUCCAGGAGGUGCGCGAGGCUGUCGAGCUGCCACUUCUCCAUCCUGAGCUUUACGAAGAGAUGGGAAUCAAGCCACCAAAGGGUGUCAUCCUCUAUGGUGCACCAGGUACCGGCAAGACCCUCCUCGCCAAAGCCGUCGCAAACCAGACCUCCGCCACCUUCCUCCGCAUCGUCGGCUCCGAGCUGAUCCAGAAAUACCUCGGAGACGGCCCACGCUUAGUCCGACAGCUCUUCCAGGUCGCCGCUGAGCACGCUCCUUCCAUUGUAUUCAUUGACGAAAUCGACGCCAUCGGCACGAAGCGAUACGAGUCCACUUCCGGCGGUGAGCGCGAGAUCCAACGUACUAUGCUCGAACUCCUCAACCAGCUCGAUGGUUUCGACGACCGCGGAGAUGUCAAAGUCAUCAUGGCCACCAACAAGAUCGAGACACUCGACCCAGCUCUCAUCCGACCCGGACGUAUCGACCGAAAGAUCCUCUUCGAGAACCCCGAUCAGAACACCAAGCGCAAGAUCUUCACACUACACACCAGCAAGAUGAACCUCGCAGAAGGCGUGGACUUGGAGGAGUUCAUCGGACAAAAGGACGACUUGUCCGGUGCGGACAUCCGUGCGAUCUGCUCCGAGGCGGGCUUGAUGGCGCUGAGAGAGCGGAGAAUGAGAGUGAACAUGGCGGACUUCAGGACGGCGAGGGAGAGCGUGCUGAAGACGAAGAGCGAGGGAGAGCCGGAGGGACUGUACUUGUAGGGAGUUUGAGAGGUUGUCGUCGGAGAGAGGUGUUGUUUCCUCACCGUGGCGCGGAGAGCAUGUACUAUCUACACACGUAGCCUGAGAGCCGACCGGAGUAUGGCCUGUCUCGUCGGGCAAAUAGACUUCAUCCGCACG